AUGUCCCAGGCGCUGAACCGGGAGACCCGCCUGGAUCGCCAGCCUUUGGUGACGCCCCACCCGCUGCAGCUGACCCCGGCCCAGGAGCAGCUUGCCGAGGCGCACGCUGAGGUCUUCCGCAUGAAUGGCUUCGAGCUGAAGAAGGAUGAGGCUUCGUUUUGCCCCGUGAAGACCCUUCUCUGCUCAGAUCGCAUCAUGGCUGUGGACAUGCAGCUGGAUGGGGGCAUCUCCCAAGCCCCUCAGCCGGAGCAGAAGAGGCGGCGCAUCGAUGUCGAAGCAGCCUGUGCCACAGAGGCUGCUUCGCUUGUUGAAGCCGCACAUGGGCGUGCCGAUGCGCUGAAGGCGCAGCGGCACGAAGCAGACUCCAAAGGUUUGCGUGCGGCCACGCAGGAACUGCAGGAGCUCGCUGGGCAAGUGGCGCGCUUUGCGCUGCGCCUGGAGGCGGAUGAGAGCAAGGCCCUGGCCUUCAUCCACGAAGGCCCCACCGCGGAUCCGGGCUGCCAGGAUGCAGAGCUUCUGGCGGCGCUCCAGCACUUUGCAGCGGCGCACGAGGCGUUGCGCCAGGAGGAAAGCCGCGUGCAAGCGCUUGUGCAGCAGACGUCCAACACGGCAAAGAAGCUGCGUGUAGAGGAGCAGCAACUCGAAUCCCUCACCAUCGAGAUGGCAGAGCUUGCUGAGACAAGGCACGCUCAAGAAGAGGAAGAACGAGCACGCCGCGAGGCGGAGGAGAGGGCUCGCAAGGAGGCCGAGGAACGGGCGCGCAAGGAAGCCGAGGAGCAGGCGCGCAAGGAAGCCGAGGAGCGUGCGCGCAAGGAAGCCGAGGAGCGGGCGCGCAAGGAAGCCGAGGAGCGGGCGCGCAAGGAAGCAGAGGAGACAGCUCGCAAGGAAGCCGAGGAGACGGCGCGCAAGGAAGCCGAGGAGAGCGCGCGCAAGGAAGCAGAGGAGACAGCUCGCAAGGAAGCCGAGGAGAGCGCGCGCAAGGAAGCAGAGGAGACGUCGUGCAAGGAAGUUGCGGAGACGGCUCGCAAGGAAGCCAAGGAAGAGGCGUGGCAAAAAACGCAAGAGAAGGCUGACAAGGAAGCGGAGGAGAAGAAAGCUCACUUGGAAAUGUCCGAAGAGGCAGGGCCCAAGCCCAAGACAGAGAAGGCAGGACCUGUGAAGGCGCAGCCAGCCAAGAAGCUCAUCGUUCAAGCGGAAGCUUGUUCGGUUGCGACGGGCGAGUACACCCUCAUGGACCGCCAGUGCCAUGACCACGAGGCCUACAAGAAGGCCAAUGCCAACGUUUUCCUGAUUUGGACUCCGCGCGAUGCUGGGCAUUGGGUGAUCACUGCGGAUCCGGAGACUGAAGAUGUGCUCGUGCGAAGCCUGCAGGUUACUCGAACUGGCCCUCCGCACAACCUCAUGAGCAAAAGCUGGACCACGGCUUCAUGGGGCUCGCGCGGCCGGGUCGCGCCUGUUCUCAUCGUCAAGAGCGCCUAA